AACUUCCUUCGCCACGAAGAACCAAGGGGAAGAGACAGACGAUGGCGCCAAACAAGAAGUCUCAGGAUCAAGCCGAGGCAUCUACCUCAUCUGCACCCAACGAAGAUGCCGAACCCGUCAACAAGAACAAGCGUUUCCGCAAGGAGAAGCCCUGGGACACUGACGACGUGAACCACUGGGAGAUUCCCAAGAUUACGCGCGAGGACCACCCUCUGCCCUUUGCAGAGGAGUCGAGCUUCGCAACGCUCUUUCCCAAGUAUCGCGAAAAGUAUCUCAAGGAGGUGUGGGGGCCGGUCACGCGGGCACUGGAGAAGCAUGGGAUUGCCUGCACUUUAGACCUCGUCGAGGGCAGCAUGACGGUUAGGACGACACGAAAGACAUUUGACCCGUACAUCCUCUUCAAGGCUCGAGACCUCAUUAAGCUUCUCAGUCGGAGCGUGCCCUUCCCACAGGCCGUUCGGGUCCUCCAGGACGAUGUGACGUCGGAUGUCAUCAAGAUCGGAGGCCUUGUUCGAAACAAGGAGAGGUUUGUCAAGCGUCGUCAGAGGAUCAUUGGACCGAAUGGGAGCACGCUCAAGGCCAUUGAGCUCCUCACCGGCUGCUACGUCCUCGUGCAGGGUAAUACGGUCAGCGCAAUGGGUGGAUACAAGGGUCUGAAGGAGGUUCGGAGGAUCAUCGUCGAUUGCAUGAAGAACAUUCAUCCAAUCUACCACAUCAAGGAACUCAUGAUCAAGCGAGAGCUGGCCAAGGAUCCGAAGUUGGCAAAUGAGUCGUGGGAUCGCUUCCUGCCCAAAUUCAAGAAGCGCAACGUCAAAUCCAAGAAGCCCUCGGCCGAGGCAGGUGCGACGGAAAACGCAAACACCAUCCCGCUGGGCAAUGGCACCAGCAGCAAGCCGGCCCUCACCGCAGAGCAGGAAGGAGAGAAAAAAGAAAAGGACAAGAAGAAGAAGAAGGUCUACACACCUUUCCCUCCACCGCAGCAACCAAGCAAGAUCGACCUCCAGAUCGAAUCGGGCGAGUACUUCCUCAAGCCUCGAGAGAAGAAGGAGCGCAUCGAAGCAGAACGCGAAAAGCGACAGGAGUCGAAGCAGCGCGAGCGGGAAAAGGAAAGGGAAAAGAGCUUUAUCGCGCCAAAGGAAGACGACGGAGAGGGGCAGUUGUCGAAGAAGGCAAAGAAGAGGAAGGAAAAGGAGUCGGGACCGGAUGGGGAUGCAGAAGACAAGAAGAAGGACAAGAAGAAGCGGAAGCGAGAAGACAAGGAGUGAAGCAUCGAGUGCGCAUGGUAACAUUAUCAACAUCCCUUUGCAAUCAUAUUAGUACAGAGC